AUGUGGGAUACCUCAGUACCUUUAUGGAGUUACAUUAAAACUGAGACAGUUAUCCUAUUUGAGCGGUCAAAAUGUGGCGAGACAACUUUCUCGGCAGUCCCAACACUACUGUGGGCGGCAGGUACGGCGGCCUUGGCACAACGACUCCUCGCCGCGCUCUUCAGACGAUUCAUAUUCCGCAGAGUGCCGCUCUGGGAGAUAAUACUGCAGCACCUACUAUUCAUAUGGGUGGUGAUAUACAGCCUCCACUUUUGGGGCGUACUCGUGAAGGCUGUGAAGGUGAUGGUUGAAUAUUGCUACGAAAACGAAAGCGACACUCGAAUACUAGAAGACGAAAUAGAAAGCUGUAAGGUCAUGCAGCAGUGGAUGAUCUGGAUAUGCGGUGUGGCGCCUCUGGCCAUCUAUAUACAGACGAGGCCGAGACCAGAAGUACCGCCACUUAUGAUAUGGAUAACAACCAGUCCAUGGCAACGCCGGGAGAUGGGGCCAUACGGGUACUACCUAAACCGACCUCUGUCAUCACUCCAGUCUUCAACCAACCUGUCCCCUAGACAGCACGCUAUGACCCUCCGGCGAGCCUUCAGCGAUUCCAAGAUCAUCAUCAAAGAACCAAUUAAGAAGAAAAGAAUCUCCAAGUCUGUUUGA